CGAAGCAGCACGGGAAGACGCCCCAGCGAACUGCUGUGGCUUGGGGCACUGCACUGUCACGGGGCGAGUGGCAGCUGCUCUGGCAGUGCUGCCAUGGCCCAGGCACAGCUCAGCUCCUGGCUGCUCCUGUGUGUGUUUGCUGCAUUCCAGAGGCUGACAGAUGAACAUCCUCACAGCGGCACCAACACAGCCCGUCGUGGCCCAGAGGACGCUGGCAUCAUGUUAGAGAUGCUCUGGGGAAGGCUGGAUAUUCAGGCCAACGGGACAAUCCGGCUGCGGGAUGAAGAGCUGGCCUCCCUACGCCCGGCACGGCGGUUCCUGCAGAUUUUAGAGGAGGAAGUUCCCAAAACACCGGCGGAGAUUGAGCAGCAUCUGAGAUAUUAUUCACUGACUGACACUCCCUUGCCCCCGACAGAGUUUGAGCGUCUCCUUUUCACCAGUGUUUACAGUGCCUAUCAGGUUCGCUCCAUACAGGGUCUGGAUAAAACCCCCUGGAUUGGCUUUUUCUCUCAGCUGAUUGAUGAAAUCUUUCGUGACCUGUGCAAGGGGCUCUGCCCUGCGAAUACCACUCUCCUCCAGGCUUUCUGGCCUUGGAAGGAGAAGCCCUCGCAUUUGGCCUCCCUGAAACAUUUCUAUCGCUCUAACCUGGCCAGGACCAAGAGAGACACCUAAUGAGGGAACCCACUAUAGGAAAGGACUUACCUGGCAUCAGCUGCAUCCUUGGUUAUUUUCAAUGCUUUCCACACCAUGCAGGACUUUGUAUAAAUGUGCCACACAUUUUUGUCCUGCUUUCUGCACUGCGCUGGCAACCCUCUCAGGAUUUAUGCACAAGCUUUUAUUUUUAAAUGAAAAAAGGACAAAACUGUAAAGUGCAUUUCCCCCUUUCCUAAUUUUUUGCUAAGUGGGCUGUGCUGAACAGGGCAGUGCUAUUUAGAUGCCUUAUCUAUCUUGGUCACUGAUGCUUAGGAGAGAUGGCUUGGAAGUAUUUUUCCAGGAUAUUAUGCUGGUGUCAUAGCUGACUUCAUAUCAGAUAAUUCAGUUCACUCUCCUUAUAUUCUCCCUGUGGUUUCAGACAAAUACAAGAUCUUUUCUCCUCUCCAGUAGCAGCUAAGCAGGCUUUGUUGUGUUUCAUGAUAUAGGUCAAAUAUUUAAUUUGCUUUUUCUCUUCAUGUGGCAUCAUAUUUUAUGUGUCAACAGCAAUUUCCCAUCUCAUGUAUUCAUUUUUCUCUAAAAAGCAACCUGAAAAUAUAUGUAUUCCAUGAAGCUUUCUAGUAUUUGCAUAUCAUAUUUACACUUAUGCACAGCUUUGUUUCAAUUAUCAUUUCGGAAUAUACUUCCUGAAAUCUCAUUUAAAUUCUGAAGGAUCCUGACCUAGUUAUUUCUUCAGCAGAUUUUGCCUGUCUUCUAUAAAGUUAUUUUUUUGUACAGCCGUGGCAUUUUAGAAGCCAAACAUAAUAAUUACAUAGUCUCUAUCCUCAAAAUCAGAAAUAUAAUUAUUUUAUAGAAAGACAUCAUUAACAUUUGUCUGUCAUAAACACUGUGCUGUGGAAUUAAAUAAAUGUAAUUAUCUCCUCAGGCGGGUUUUGAUUUUGGUUCUUCUUGUUGUUACCAGAUUUUCUGCUGCCACUAUAGGUAUAUCAAUUUUGAGCAUUCAUUGCAUGUGCUUAGACGAUGGGAUCCAUAAUUCCCUAUCAAUAUAAUUUUUCCAUGUUCAGCAAAAGAGGCAUGUGUGACCUUCAGAGUGGGAACUGCUAGCUUCUGACCUAGUUAAUCUUAUUCCAAGCCAUUGUAGCCCAACAGAUGGACAGGAGAAAUGGUAAGGCAGGAACAAGAAGCCUGGAAGCAAGAUUCCACAGACAAUGGUUUUAGAGGUCAGCUUAGGGUUAUGACAGAAGGAGAUAGAUUUAAAGCAGGUUGUUUGUUGCUGGAUUUUUGUUUUGUGUGUUUGUUUCAUUUGGGUUUGUGCUUUGGGGUUCUUUUUGUUUGUUUCUUUGUUUCAAGGAUAUAGGAAUUAAAAUUAUAAUUUU